CAACGAAAAACUGUUUUUUUCUUAAACGAUUUGUUAGAUUACUUCAUGAUCUAGAAGAGCAGAGAAUUAUAGUGAAACAAUGACGAGGAUAAGUCGUGAUUUUGGAGAUACAAUGCAGAAGGACGCGAUUCCGUCAGUCGCGGCCGAUGUGACCUUUCCUUCUAAUCGGUUUCCAAAUUAUAAAAUUGGCGCUAACAAUCAGAUUUUAGAGCCAAAGGAAGGUCCGGAAAUACCAUCCAUGAAAGAAGUUGUUGCACGGGAGACUGCCCAGCUGAUAGAGCAGCAAAAACGUUUGUCGGUCCGUGACCUUGCUACUAAAUUUGAGAAGGGUUUGGCUGCUGCUGCUAAAUUAUCUGAUGAGGCUAGACGCAGAGAGGCAGCUUCAUUGCAGAAACAUGUCCUUCUGAAGAAGCUUAGAGAUGCUUUGGAAUCCUUGAGAGGGCGUGUGGCAGGUCGAAACAAAGAUGAUGUUGAGGAGGCUAUCUCUAUGGUGGAAGCUUUAGCAGUACAGUUGACUCAAAGAGAAGGGGAGCUAAUCCAAGAAAAAUCUGAAGUGAAAAAGCUAGCAGAUUUUCUGAAACUGGCUUCCGAGGAUGCUAAGAAACUGAUUGACGAUGAAAGAGCUUUUGCUCUCGCUGAAAUUGAAAAAGCUAGUGCAGCAGUACAGAGAGUAGAAGAGGCCUUCCAGGAACAAGAACGGAUUUCUCAAACUUCUGGGAAGCAGGAAAUGGAAGAACUGAUGAAGGAGGUUCAAGAGGCUAGAAGAAUUAAAAUGCUCCAUCAACCAAGCAAGGUGAUGGACAUGGAAUCUGAACUUCAAGUGUUAAGGAUUCAACUUGCAGAGAAGUCGUCGUAUUCUCUUCAGCUUCGAAAGGAGGUGGAAAUGAGCAAGAAGAUUGUGGCAGGCAGGUCCAAUUUAUUUGAAUUAGAUGGUUCUGAAACUUUAGGUUCAUGUUUACGGAUCAUUCCUUGCAUGGAUAAAGCUCCUGAUCUUUCUAAAUGCUCUAUUCAAUGGUAUCGUGUAUCCACGGAUGGAAGCAAAAAAGAACUUAUUUCUGGGGCCACAAAAUUUGUUUAUGCUCCAGAGCCUUUUGAUGUUGGGAGAAUCUUGCAGGCAGAUAUAGUUGCAGAUGACCAGAGAGUCGCAGUGAGAACCAUUGCCCUCAUUGAUCCUGCUCCAGGAUUGGGAAGCUAUGUGGAGGCACUUGUUAGGAAACCUGAGACAGAGUUCAAUGUAGUUGUGACCCAAAUGAAUGGAAAUGAUCAUCCACCUCAUUGCGUUCACGUAUUUCAUGUGGGAAGGAUGAGGAUCAAGCUUUGUAAAGGAAGGAUUACAAAGGCCAAGGAGAAUUACUCCACAUCGAUGCAGCUAUGUGGAGUCAGAGGGGGUGGUAAUGCUGCAUCUCAGGCAUUGUUCUGGCAAGCAAAGAAGGGGAUUUCCUUUGUAUUGGCCUUUGAAUCACAGCGAGAAAGGAAUGCAGCCAUUAUGCUGGCCAGGAGAUUUGCUUUUGAUUGUAAUAUUAUGCUUGCUGGGCCAGAUGAUCGAGCUUCUCUAGGAACAUAGCAGGCUUUAUUGGGCUUCUGAUCUAACCACGUGGUGUAAGUAUAUUGAUUGAGAUUUCUGGCAUGUGUAUUUGUAUGUUUGUAACACUAAAAGGAAAAAAGAAAAAAAGAAAAAGAAAAAGAGUUGGGUUUGUACUAUUGAAUACUGGGCUUCCACAAUUCUGGUUGCAUCCAACGUCAAGGCAUUCCUUUUUAUUUGCCUUUUUGGCUUGUAACAAAUUUUCCAUCGUAUAUUUUAAAUGCUUCAUUUGCUGCUGCUUGCAUA